GCCAUUUCGCCAGUACCGCGCCAGGGUUCACGCGAGACGCACGCGGCCGCGACCGUGCCACUAAAAAUAAUAAAAUGAAUAAAAGCCAGUGAAUGUAAGAGAAUUUUGACAGUGGUUCCACUCGAUUUGGCGUGUUGCAUCGAAAUCGGUUGUCCUCCGAUGGUGUCCGGCUGAAACAGGAUCGUUUCAACAUUGUUUUCGCGUCCAAAAACAACGAAUCAACGCCAAAAGUCCAUAUAAAGUAGAAUAAAAGAUACAAAAAGAAUGUGCGACGCGGCAGUACGUGUGUCGGCUCCCGUGGCGCGCUCGGUAACCUUCGGCAGUUUCCGUCAAAGCUGUCAAUGAGACAGCGCUAUGGCGGAGAAAGUCAGCUGAUCGGAAAGUCGCCCGCGCCGGCCUCGCAGCAAGAGGCGAAUUAAGCGCAUCAUGCAGGUGUUUGGCGAAUGGGCUCAGGUGGAGGUGGUAGAGCUGGUGAACGAUGGGUCGGGGCUGGCGUUCGGCAUCGUGGGCGGCCGCUCCUCCGGCGUCGUCGUCAAGAGCGUGCUGCCCGGCGGCGUCGCUGACAGGGACGGCCGACUCCGCAGCGGCGACAUGCUCCUACGCAUCGGCGCGGUGUCAGUGGUGGGGAUGUGCGCGCGGCAGGCGGCGGCGGUGCUGCGGCAGUGCGGCGCAUGCGUGCGGCUGCUGGUAGCGCGCCCGGCCGCGGCCAGUGGCGUGCCUAUACCCGACACACGGCAGAAUAUACAGCCUUUAGGAGCUCCACCAGCGCCGGUAGUACCAUCUCGCCUGCUAGCAGACCCGAUAGAGCUGGAGCGGCGACUGUCGGAGGCCGGCCACGAUGGGUUCGGCGCCCUCUGCGAGGACACGUCGCCGCCCUCGCCGCCUCCCACCAUCAUUGAGGAGCGGCUGCAUCAUCGGCCGGUGGCGUCUAUAGUGGCGGUGGUGCCUCGAGGCGCGCUGGCUCCGUCUCCUCGACCCCCCGCCAUCGUGCAGCCUCCGCCGCAGCCGCAACCACCACCACUCAGGCUGCCCCUGGACAUGGCAGUGCGCGGCACGGGCGAGCCGGAGACGCUCAGCUACGACGUGGAGCUCAGCAAGGACUCGGCGCUGGGACUCGGCAUCACCGUCGCCGGAUACGUUUGUGAACAAGAGGAGCUGAGCGGCAUCUUCGUCAAGAGUAUCAGUGAGGGCAGCUCGGCAGAUCUGUGCGGGAAGAUACAAGUCAACGAUCGGAUUGUGGAGGUGGACGGUGUAUCCCUGCAUGGAGUAACGAACCAUCGCGCUGUAGCAUUACUACGGGAUGCAAAGGGACCUGUAGUACGACUGAAAGCUCUUAGGUAUCUCCGCGGGGCGGGGUUUGAGAAGCUGCAGAAGGCGCUGGCAGCUCAGGAUGGGAGGAGGUCACCGAUCGCACCACCCAGCCCGUCUGUCACUUCUCUCGCCAAGUAUAGCUUUAGUGUCUACGACGAAUCAACAGUGAUAGAAGCGGAACCAGAGUCAGAGAUCCAGCCUCACCUGCCCUCCCCGAUGUCUCCGUCGGAGGAGGCGGAGAUAGUGAUCGGGAGGGACGACGAGGUGUCUGAGAGGGAGGCGCGGCGGAUACAGGACAAGUGGCGGGACAUACUGAAGCAGGAGACGGACUGGCCUGGACACCAGUACCAGUAUGAUAUUGUGGUGGGCACGAUAAUGAAAGAGAAGGACAGUGGUCUGGGCAUAUCGCUGGAGGGCACGGUGCGCGUGGUGGCGGGCAAGGAGGUGCAGGCGCGCCACUACAUCCGCGCCAUCGCGCCCGACGGACCCGUGGCCAGGCUCGGCAUGUACAGGGUCGGGGAUGAACUGCUUGAGGUGAACGGUUGGCGAGUACUAGGCGCGCAUCACGUGGAGGUAGUAACCAGACUACGAGCAGUGACGUCACCAGUCAUACUAGUAGUAGUCAGGAAGAGAGACCAACUGCAUCACACUAACAAUGAGCGACUGCCUGAUGCUGGGUUUGCAAGGAGUAACAUCCUAGGAGGCAGUUUACAAGACCUCCUGAGUCCACCUCAGCGGCUGAUCAAGGCGAAGUCGGAGAGCUCAGUAGCGUCACUCUGCAGCGCUACUACUGUCAUGUCUGCUCCUCAUGAUCAUGAUGAGUUCUGUUCGGAAGAGCUGGAGCGCGUGAGGUCCCGGUCCCUGGAGCCGCUGAGCGGGCUGGCGAUGUGGAGCGACCACGUCGAGUACAUACAGCUGCUCAAGGAGGACAGGGGACUCGGGUUCUCUAUACUCGAUUACUUGGAUCCAUCGGAGGCCGGCAGCUCGGUGAUAGUGGUGCGGUCGGUGGUGGGCGGCGGGGCGGCGGCGCGCGACGGGCGGCUGGCGCCGGGCGACCGCCUCGUCUCCGUCAACGGGCAGCACGUGGCGCGCGCGCCGCUCGCCGCCGCCGUCGCCGCCAUCAAGGCUGCUCCGCCUGGAAUAGUAACAAUCGGGAUCUCGAAGCCGCUACCCUGCAGUACAGUGGUUGGCGGCGAGAAGGCGAACGGACACAGCAUACAAGGAAGUCAGGAAUGCAUCAAUUCCCUCGCAUCUGAUGACCACACCGGCAUGGAUUCCUUCCACGAAUGUCUCCAAGAAUAUGGUGAAGGUCUGGAAGUAGUACAAAUAUGCCUCGAACCUGAAGAAGCCUCUAUAAAAGAUGAUGAACUCUCUGCUUUAGGAGAUAUAAGUCUCGAUGAUUGCAAGAAACUCGACAAAGAUCACAUUAUUAAUGGUACAACUGAGAUUAAAAUUAAUGGAGAAAUGAAGUUUUCUAAAUCAGAAGAGUCUUUGGAUGACCAUGAUGAUGAUAUGACAAUAACUGAAGAUGAUGUCUUAGUCGCGCCUAGAGAACUACCAGAUACUAGAAGUAAGUCUGCUGAUAGGAAAGAAGAAGGAGAAAGAUGUUUAUCUAAACAACAAAGUAAAGAUAUUUCUACAUCAGAUGAAAUGGUAUUCGCAGUAACGCCUACAGGUUUGGAAAGAAUAAGUUUCGACAAAUAUUGGAAGGAGAGCGACGUGAAAAUAGACACCGAAUUAGUUAAAGUCAAGAGCGAUGAGAGUUGGAAAGAGUGCCUCAAUUCCCCGAACGAAGACACCGGUAGUUUCUACGAUGCAACAACAAGAAUUUCCGUCCAGGAAGAAAACAAUUCCCUUCUGUAUAUAGAUCACGAGAUAGACGGUUACGAAACGUGUCUGGACGAGGACUCGUCAUCACAGAACUGUACAGUAAAAAACGGUCGUAAAAUGAACGGCGAUACUGACAUCAAAGAGUUCAGUAAACACGAUGAUAAAAUAGUAUUUAAAAACAAAGACAACGAUGUAAGUGCCAAAAGAGUAAAGGAACAGAACACUGCCAAUGCGACGGGUGGCGACGACGUGUCGUACAGCCACCCGUAUGUCCACGAACAUAUAAUAAAGCAGAUGAAAUCAUUGAGAAUAGAACCACUAAACGUAAACAUUACUCAUAAAAAGAAGAAGAAAGAAAAGAGUCCCACAAAGCCGUCCAAACAAGAGAAGAUACAAUACGUCGAAUACUACAACGACCAAGCUGAAUGCUUGAAAGAAAUCCGACAGAAGAAGUUGGAAGAAGAGAAAAAGCACAAAGCUGAGCACAAACAGAAAGAAAAGAAGCACACAGAAGAGCACAAACACAAGGAACAUAAGCACAAAGAAGAACAGAAGUCAAAAGAGGACAAGAGAAGUAAAGAAACGAGUUUGAUGGUUAUGGAGAAGAAGAUACAUUUGACACAAGAGCCUAGUGAAGAGUCUACUGAUUUGGAGACGAACUAUGUUCCAGGGUGUCACAAGUGUUUUUUAGAGAACUAUGCGUAUGCCAUAACUAAGGCAUACAUGGCGGAAGCUAACGCGUGUAAAUAUUGUGAAGUGAUUAGGGAGAUGUUGGAAGUGCCUAAGAACUCUAACCGGCGCGGGUCAGCACCGGCGCUGGUCAACCUGGACAGCUGUUCAGAGACUGAAGAUGAAGAUCUUCUCAUGGUGCCUAUAGUGAAGGAUAGGAGGAAAUCAGCAGGGAUCUUGAAGUUCCCUAAUGCUGCGAGAAGACCUAGCUACGCCCCACCGACGAUGACGGUGACGGUAUCAUCAGACAGGCGGUCGGACGCGCUGGCGGCGCAGCGGUGGGGCUCGCCGCGACAGGUCACUCUCAAGCGGAGCCCUGGAGCCCCACUCGGAGUCAGUAUUGUUGGUGGCAAGGUUGAUAUAAUCUCAAAUCGUGAUGGCGAGGAAGGUGAAGAGAAGGCGAUUUUCGGAAUCUUCAUCAAGAACGUAGUGCCUGGCAGUCCAGCAGGCAACUGUGGGGAGUUACAAACAGGCGACAGGAUCCUGGAAGUAGACGGAGUAUGUGUGAGGUCAGCGCAGCACGAACGCGCGGUGCAGCUCAUCAAGGCAGCUGGAGACACCGUCACCCUUACUGUGCAGAGUCUACUAGCAUGGAACACAGACUCUUCUGACGUGGAGCAGUCAACUCCGCCCACAUCUCCUACCCCUUCCAAGAAGGAUGGCAAGAAGUCCCCGGCGCCUUCACUGCCGCAGAAAACUCCGCAGCAUGAGAUCAAGAUAACAGUGACAUCAGAAGCUGACGUGGAAAAAGAAGCGACCGACAGUGAGAAGCCAGUGGACAGCGAUCCUCCACCAGCACCAGCCAAGGUGGUGUACUCCGACUCGGAGAGCAGUGACGAGGAAGAUGAGAGGGAGCUGCAGGGCAGGACCUAUUCGGAUAAGGGAGUGGAGAUCGACAGAGCAUCAGCAGGAGCAGUAAAGCGCAGCAAAGAAGAGAAAGAAGCGGAUCCAGAGGAAGAAGAUGACUUCGGCUACACGACAAACAAAAUCCGCAAGAAGUAUGCAGGUCUGGGCGACACGGUGGUGUCGGUGCGGCUGGAGCGGUCGCCGCGCGGCGGCCUGGGGCUCAGCCUCGCCGGCCACCGGGACCGCAGCCGCAUGGCCGUGUUUGUGUGCGGGCUGCACCCGGCCGGGGCGGCUGCUAAGGCUAAUCCACCCGUUAAAGUUGGAGACGAGAUACUUGAGGUCAACGGUAUAGUCCUUCAUGGAAGGUGUCACCUGAACGCAUCAGCCAUCAUCAAGGGCCUGGUGGGACCUGUCUUCAAGAUCAUUCUUCUGAGGCGAAAGUCAGCGUUAGAAGACGUAGCGGUCAAACCACUGACUCCUGCGCAGUUCCCAGUCGCCUUAGAGGAAGAGUCGGAGGACCGGUUCGCUGGCUACAAAGGAGUCAGAGACAUCACCAUCAAGAAGGGUCCAUCAGGUCUGGGCAUCAUGAUAAUCGAGGGUCGUCACACGGAGGCCGGGCGCGGUAUCUUCGUGUCGGACCUGCAGGAAGGCAGCGCUGCAGAACAGGGAGGUCUUCAGAUCGGAGACAUGCUGCUAGCUGUGAAUAGGGACUCCUUGCUGAACUGCAGUUAUGAUGCUGCGGCUGCCAAGUUAAAGCAGACGGAGGGAGUGGUGGUCCUCACGGUGUGUACUCCGAACCUCAAGGAGCCGGGAGAGGAGUCGCCUGCCACCGCUACAACACCGGGAACGCCUAGUGAUGGUCCAGGUGGCGCGUCCCGUCCAGCGAGUCGUGCGGCGCAGAACGAUGCCAGUCGACCACACACGCCGCGCCCCAUACCUUCACCUGUUAAAGUGGAGCCACCACCAGACCCGUCCACAGCGCCAAUAAUCCCCAACGUGGACACGGUGAUAGAGAUCAACUCCGCUAACGAGGUGCUCGGCGUGCUACUACUGGGGGGCAGCGAUACCUUGAUCAAUGGAGCAUCAGCGAUCAUCCUAGACAUAUACAAGAACGGCGCGAUCGCCAAGGACGGGCGGCUGAAGGUCGGAGACCAGAUCCUCGAGUGCAAUGGAGUAGCCAUCACCAAGGAAAUGGCGCACGAACGACUCUGUCUCACCAUCAAGCAGAAAACUGCCAAGCUAAAAAUGACAGUCCACCGACAAGAGCCGCUGAAGUACGAGGAGGUGGAGAUAGACCUCACGCGCAAGGCAGGGAAGGCGCUGGGACUCACCUGUGUGGCACCCGUACAGGCGCCCGGCGUGUAUCUGGGACAACUAUUGCCCGGUACCCCAGCAGAGUUAGACGGUCGGAUCCAGCGCGGAGACUUCAUCAUAGCAGUGGACGGUAAGGACGUAUCCUCUGCCGACCUUCUAGGAGUUGCAGCUGUCCUCAAGCUCUGCGGGAAUAAAGCCACCAUCAAGGUCAAGCGGUUCAAGACAGUUAGGUAAUUCUAUAGACUCUGUGUGACCAGUUUUGGUGUCACCGUUUUGGAUCGAAGGACCAGAUUCUGUUGAAGAUUGUCAUGGAAUGAGUAUCCAAGAAUGGAUAUGAAGAUGUUUUGAGAGAUGGUUAAGAUUCUGUUCUGAAGUUGUGAAUCUAAGGACUGAUAAGUGUGAGAGUAUAGAUCUUGAAUGUUCCUAAAUAUGACUUGAGUCGCCUCAAUGCCGUUGAUGAUUUUUCAAGCUGUAAUUACUAAAGAACAGUCUUCAGUGCUGACAGAAAUACAAACCAAG